UUGAUAAAAAGGAAAUCUUCGCAACUUUAUAUCAGAUGUUCUUCGGUUGUGCAACCUAAUCCUGGACUUUGUGAACAUUGUGGCGAAAAUGUUUUUCAAUGCGUCAAAUGUCGUGCGAUCAAUUAUGAUGAGAAGGACCCGUUCCUAUGCCAAUCAUGUGGUUUUUGCAAAUACGCUCGCAUGGAUAUCACUGUUGUCUGUCGACCUCUUCCAGGGGUGCAGCCGAUUACAACCGACAUUGAAAGAGCAUCAUGUGUAGAAUCCAUGGCACGCCUACUCUGUGAGAUGGAACAAACUCGUGCUCAGCUGGCUGCUGGUCGAACACUUUGCGAAUCUUUAUGGCUCCAGUCGCGACCACUUCCUCCUAUAUGCUUCCACGUGGAAAGUCCAGAUGCUGCGAACGCUCUCAUCGCUGCUGUUCCACCCAUCAAUCAUCAGCAGCCAGCCAUACAUGCUCUGCUUUUGACGACAACACACUGCAAAGCAUUACACGAGGAGCUGUGCAUGCAAACACAACAGCUGAUUGCAUUCCGUGAAGAAUUGCGAAGCUACGAUCGAAGUAUUAAAACAACACCUCUUCUUCAUCAAGCCAUUAAUCAGGGUUUCUACAAUGCCAGCUCGAACUGUUUUGGAUGCCUUCGUGCAAGUAUCCUUCACUCUUUAGCCAUCCUGCAAAGUUCUUGUGAUGAUGAACACUGUCUUGAACAGUUGCUGAAUUCUGAUGUUGUCUUCAGCACUCUGGUAGAAAUUGGUAGAAAGUACGAGCCCGUUCGGGAAGAGGUAGAAAUGUUGCUAUGUCGUUUAUCAUUGGAAAACGAAAAAGGUACCGAGAAAUUAUGUGAUCUUGUAAUGAAUGGAAAGAUCAAUGGCACAGUGUUGGCGCGAUCGCUAAAUACUUUCCCGGAUUCCUUUUGGCAACAAAAGUUCCGUGGAUUGUUGAAGAGUGCUAUAAAAUUCAAUGAUCAUGACACCACCCUUGCUGCCUUGACUAUAAUUGACAAGUGUCUUAUUGAUGCAAAACCCCUCAGGAAAAGGAUUUACAGAAAACUGCAGCAAAGAAGACGUGGCAUUAAGAAUGAUGGUUCGCAGGUGACUUUUUCACAUUUACAAGGUUUGGGCUCAUGA